ACCCUGUGGAGUUUUUAAACUCACUUGAACCAUCAGGAAUGCCGUCACAUCAAUUACUCUUGAAAGUAGGAUCACCGAUAAUGAUGUUGAGAAACUUACGACCACCAAAAUUGUGCAACGGCACUCGACUAACCGUCAAAAAUUUACAUCCAAAUAUCAUUGAAGCAACGAUUUUGUCGGGAACAUCUGCCGGGGAAGAUGUCUUCAUCCCUCGCAUCCCCUUAAUUCCAUCCGACUUGCCAUUUGAAUUUAAGAGACUUCAGUUCCCCGUUCGACUUGCGUUCGCAAUGACGAUUAAUAAGGCACAAGGACAAUCACUUAACGUCGCAGGAAUCCAUCUGGAACCCUCAUGUUUCUCGCACGGUCAAUUAUACGUCGCUUGCUCAAGAGUCGGAAACCCGAAGAACCUUUAUAUUUAUGCUCCAAAUAAUACAACUAAUAACGUUGUUUACCAAAACGCAUUAAAAUAA